CCUACCACUACGUCGCAAUUCAAUAGUGCAUGACGGCUGACAUCACGGCUACCCUCCAGCGGCGCACGGCACGAAAAGGACCCAGCUCUGCUAGCGAGGCACUUCCAUGCGGGCUGGGGAUGCGCUGGGGAUACGCGCUGGGGAUGCAAGGCCCGCUGGAGACUGGCGUCAGGCCCGGAGCCCCAGCCCGCAGUUAGUGUGCUUGCUGGAGUCGCUCGACGAGGCUAGAGCCCUUCAACCCUCGCAAACUCAAAGUGUUCUGAUGGUCGCCCGCCCCACGCUCGUGCUGACGAUGGCCACAGUCGACGAAUUCCAUUUGUCUUCGUUCUCCCAGCGCCAACUACAAUCGCCCUCGCCCCAAGGGUUCUUCGGCAAGGGGAGGGGCGCUCCGGCAGCGGGAGCGCGGUGCCUUCGGAAGGUUUGUCGCCGCGUGAACCGUUCUUCUAGUCUCGUGUCCGGCCGAAACCUUGACGACGGACCUCUCGGCACGGGCAACGAAACUCCGGGGUCGUCCGGGCCGGAGUCACCGCGGUCGAGGCAAAGUCCGGCGUCUUGCGCAAUACCAUUGCUGUGUCUUGGGCCGCAUUGACGGCGAAAACGCCCUCCUGCACUCACCCACAUCGAUGUCGUUGGUGCUGCCGGCCGCCGGGCCCAGCCCGGGGAUAGUGGACAUGUACUUUUCGCACACGAGAUGGAGAAUGGGGACUCGACGAUACGUCACAAGUCACAAUGCUAUCUGCG